AACAGUGAACUUUGGAAUUACAGUCACAAUCUAGAAUGUGGGCAAAUAGGAGAAACUUAAAACUUGAAAAGGGGAGUUUUAGUAUCAGCCAAACUGAGUAUUACAUUUUUGCUUGUCUAAACAUUCUGCUUGACACCAGGAUAUCUGGCAAUUUUUUUUUUGAAUCAGUGCAAAUUCAUUUGCUUUCUGUUCCCUUCGGUUGAAUCAUUCUCCACAAUUCACUGAACGUUCCUAUGUGUUGUUGCUGUCAGUGUACAAACAACCUGAAUAAGGUGUGCUGGGCAUCCGUAAGGGCUGAAAAUGGAAUAUGCGAAAAAGUCUCUCAGUUUCUUAUCUUCUAGUUCCAUCUCCAGGUGUGUGUCUGCCAGUGCAUCAGUGACUUCUCACCUGUUGAACAGCGGUCCACACCAAAGACCAUUCAGAGUAUGCAACUGGGAUCGGAGUUUGAAGAAAGGUAUCAUGGCCGGGGGUCUUCAUGAUCUACUGGACAAGGUCCAAAAAUCACUUCAUACAACAUCCAGUGUCUCGCUUCUACUGGAGGAGGAUGGGACCUUCAUUGAAACUGAAGAAUUCUUUCAGACUGUUUUAGACAACACCCUCUUUAUGGUCAUUGAGAGAGGGCAAAAAUGGACACCAGCAGAGAAUAUUGGUUUUCACCUGCGUUUCCCUGACAAAUUGUGUAGAAGAAAAGAUGUUGCCAGAAUAACCUUUGACCUCUACAAAGAAAAUCCACAUGAUUUCAUUGGUGGUCUGAAUGUAAAAGUAACCCUCUAUGGCUCUUAUUCCCUAUCAUACGAUCUUCAAUGUAUGGGAGCAAAGAAAAUAAUGAGGGAAGCCUUGCGUUUGACAAUGUUAACAAUGCAAGCUACAGGACACAUUCUACUUGGUACAUCAAGCUAUGUCCAGCAGCUUUUGGAUGAAGAGGAACAAAGGGUAGCAGGGAAACGCGUGCACCUUCUUGAAUGAAGGACACCUGCCUGGUAUAUUCAUUAAUGACUUUUUCAUACAAGCCUGAUGUUUGGCCCACUUUAUGUAACCAAGUAUUCUAAUGCUGAAUACCAGAAUCGUGAGGAACUCAGUCAUCAGACCUUAAGUGAUGUGGCUCAAUUACUAAAGUUUUUUUUCCAAAAAAAACCUGUCAACCCUGAUCACAGAACCAUGCUAGCACAGAUUUGUUCCUACAUAAGUGGCUGAACCGGUUUAAUGGAAUAAUUAUGCAUUGACGGAAUAAUCACCUGUUAUGCACUAGAAAUUUUCAUAUCAAUGUACAUAAUCAAUUUGAAAUUGGAUUAUUAGAGCUUUAUUUCCCUUUAUGUACUUGGGUAGUGCACAAACCCAGUUGGUUUCUUUUAGCUUCCACUUAUAGGAAACCUAAAUGCACUCUAUCAACAUGUUUUACCUAAAAAUCUGCACUUGUCAUAAGAUUAUUUAUUCAAGGUUUCACUUAAAUCAGUAAUUGCAAUAAUGCUUUAUAAUCUAGGAUUUGACUAUUUAUAACACUACUUUCUGCUCAGAUGGGAAGGGAAUUUCUAUUAGAAGGAUCACAAGCUUUGCUGACUUGCAAUCUGGAUUUACUGUAGUAAGUUUAUUCUUUUAACAGAGCUAAAACUAUCAAAAUGACAAUGAAGUAAUGUAAUCAUGUCUGUCUGUGACAAUAGCAAGUCCUCACCAGGAAAAAUGUAUUAAAAGCAAUUUAGUUGUAAAUCUAAUACUUCUAAUUGAUCAUUAGUAUGUUUGCUUCUAUGUAAAUAUAGAAUGUUUAUCUGAAAUCUAAUCUUGGUGUACUAAUUCAUCCUUCUACUUCACCUUCAGUGAUAUACGGUUCAGGCAAAAUCUGGAUAGUUUUCCAAGUGCAAACCAGACCAUCCACUUCCAAAAUCCAUAGAAAAGAAUGAAUAAAACCACAGGUGAUGAGCUCAGUUUCCAUCUUUUGCAAAACUGAUACAUUUAUGAUUAAGAACAAAAUCUAGAAUAUCGCUCAAGUAGAUAAAAGAUAGUUGAAUUAAGUUGUAUUCCCUUCAUCAGACUUGAUGGAGGUUCCGGGAUGUUAGUAUUGACCGUUUCACUUUCUGUAAAUGCGGAGCAUAUCUAACUUAUGUUAGAACAUAGAAUUUUAGCCAGCAAGUGUUGUGCUGUACUAACUAAAUGGCUAACUAAACAAAUCCCUUCUCUCCACACAAUGUCCAUACUCUCCAAUUUCCCUCACAUUCAUGUGCGUACCAGGUCUCCGAAAGUCCCAAAUGCAUCUGUCUCCACCACCACCCUAAGCAGCGCAUUCAGCACCCACCACUCUCUGCAUGUAAAUACAAACUUUCCUCUCACACACCUUAAUGCAAGCCCUCUGGUGUCAGAUAUUUCAACCCUGGGGCGGAAGGUUUGGAAUACACUGUUCGUCUUCCAUUUCAUAUACAGUAUGUAGCAAAUGUUUGAUUGUAGUCUUCUGGGAAUUCAAUCCAUCCGAAAUGUUAAUCCAUUUCAAAUUAGUUUAAAACUUCACAAUUACUAAAUAAAAAUUAAUUUGUAUUGCU